AUGAUGGAUCUAACGCGGAACCUUCGUUUCCGUAUCGAUACGGCGGAAAACGAUUCAAUUAUCGCGUACGUGGAGCAGCGUCCGUCCGAAUACGACAACAUCGGCGCCCUGUACUACGUCGUCGCCGUUGUCCUGAUAUACGGCCUAUCAAUCGUCAUGAUGAUUGCGUCACACAUCCGGCGCAAUAAACAAGACGGACAGCUGCGCUCAUACCUAAAGGAAAUGGCGGCGCUGCGGAAGAAGAACCGGCGGGAGCAGUUGCUAGAGAAGAUGACGACCCUGGCGACGAAGACCGGUUAUGUCAAUAGUCCUAACAAAACACAAGAGACGUCUUUUACUGACGCAAAGAAUACAAAUGGACUGAAACCCGGAACGCCAUCGUAUUCUCGAAUACCGAGUGAUGACCUGGACGAAUCCACGCGAGAAAUUUCCAAGGCGAGUUAUAGUGACACGGACUCGGUGUUUCAGUUUAACCCCGACGCUCUAACGCCUAAAACAGAGUCUCCUAAAACUCCGCGCAUUUCCCCGUCCAAGUUACUUACGCCAAAAAUGAAUCGCGCCGACGGAAGACCUUUCUUUCAAGUCAUCAACGAAAACGCCCCUCUUUGAUAAUGUGAUUGCAAAAUUGUGUGUGAUUGAUCAUCAUAUCAUAUGAUUAAAUAUGUAAUGCGACAAUUUAUAAAAUAAGGUGCUAGGGUUCAAAGAACAUGUUCCUGUAAGUUUUAAAACAUAACAUGUUACGAGCAUAAACGAUUUUUUCCUUUUGUAUGUUUUUCAUUUAAGUGUUAUAUGCAUUAUCCUCAUGUACAUGUGAACGUGUGUUUUUCUAAAAAGGUGAUUUCUUGCCAAAGACAUUGAUGUUUCCAAUAGAUAUAUUAUAUAGU